AUGGUCAUGGCUCUGUGGGCCACGUUAAUAUCGCUCACGUUAGCCGGUCGUGUUUUGGUUUUUGCCAGCGAUCUCUUCAGCCUGCCACCUGCCACCAAUCACAGCGAGGAGCUGCUUGAGGAUUAUGGAAAAUUCCUGCUGUCUGCCAUGAACAGGAGCAUCGAUCCCUGCGAGAAUUUUUACGAGUUUAGCUGCGGUGGCUGGAAGAAAGCGGAAUUGGUGCCGGAACAGGCCAGGAAUACUAGCUUUCUACAUGCCAUACAGCACAAGAUUGAUGAGCAAGUAAUGGAAUUUCUUCAAAAUGCCACCAAAAGGGAAUUGGAGGAUCUGGGUGUGAAUGGCACUAGAUCGGCGGAGGUGAAAGCCAAACAAUUCUAUGCCAGCUGUGUGGAAGUCAAGGCCAAUUUGUCUCUCGGAUAUCAGUUUCUUCAGGAUCUAGAUGAGGAUCGUCUCAAGGAAAGCAACGCCACCUAUGACUGGUUAUACAUCAACUUUAUGUCCAAGUAUGACUUGUAUCCUUUGCUGCCUUUAAAAGUUCAUUAUAGCACAUCCUCAAGGAAGUUUGAUAUACUCUUGAGUACACCCAGUAAGGUCCUAGCUGGUUUCAGCGAAGAGCAGCUUAAAAAUAUGACCAAGGAGUUUGGAUUGGAUGCCAGUGCAGAGAAAACUAAACAAUUUCUGGAGCACUUUAAGAACCUCACGGAAUUUGAAAGGAAUUUAACUUCCAUAACCAAACCACGAAAUGAAACAGAACAGUUGAAUCUUAAGGAUUUCCUGACCAAACACAAACACGAUCGCCUUAACUGGACUCGCUAUUUUGACCUUGCCUUCAAUGGCAGUCAGGAAUCGUAUUGGCCAGUCCUAAAUCAGUUGGAUAAUGUCAACGAUUUGGUUUAUUUUCUGGAAGAAACUCAUCUGGAUACUCUGAAAAGUUAUGUGAAAAUGCGGGAAUUGCUCAAGUUUUAUGGCUUGUGGAAAACGCAAACUAAGACAGGAGGAGUACCCAGCGAGUGUCGCUCCUUGACGGAGACUUACUUUAACUACGCCCUUUUACCUUGGUUCAUAGGCAAGGUAUUCGACAAGGAACGACGCGCUGAUAUACUCCGUGUGGCUAAGGAUAUUAAGGACACGUUCUACGAUCUCCUGGAUCACUACACCUGGCUGGAUGAUGAGACCCGUUCGCAGGCCAAGACAAAGCUGGCUUCAAUGGACGUUCUGGUGGGCUACACCGAUGAUCUGCAGCAUCGUGAGGUGAUUGAUCAGGUGUACAAUGAUAUCAAUAUGACUGGAAAUUGGUAUGAGAACCUUUGUAUCCGAGGAAGUCGUGCCAGGAUAAGACUGCGUUCCGUGGACAAGGCACUAAUUCCCCUGCUGAUGCCCACGAGGACAGUUAAUGCCUAUUAUGGAUUCCUUAACCUGGCCUUCAUCACAAUUGGCAUGGCCCAGUGGCCCUUCUAUCACCUGGACUUUCCCGAUGUCCUCAAGUAUGCCGGUGUGGGUAAUAUCAUAGGUCAUGAGAUGGCCCAUGGUUUUGAUUCCUAUUGCUAUCAGUAUAAUUAUGAUGGCAAAAAGAUCAACUGGUGGUCCUCGGCUUCGUUGAGGAACUUUAAGGAACGCUAUCGUUGCCUGGAAUCCCAAUACAACAAGUUCAUAUUGAUGGGCAUCCAGACGAAUGGCACUCUCACCUCUGGUGAUAAUAUAGCUGAUAAUGUGGGCACUCGGAUGGCUUACUAUGCCUACAAGAGGAAGUCAGGGGACAAGGCCUGGUCAGAGAAACCCCUCAGGGGUGUGAAUUUCACCAACAAGCAGUUGUUCUUUGUGAAAUUCGCACAGACCUGGUGCAAUGGCAAGGAUAAUAGUGACAAGAUUCGGAGACUGAAGACCGAUGUUCAUGCCUACGAUGAGUUCCGGGUUCAGGGUACACUCAGUAAUAUGCCCGAGUUUAGUGAGGCUUUCAAAUGUAAGCUGGGCAGAAUGAAUCCUCUCAAGAAGUGUGUGGUCUGGUGA